AUGGCGCCACUGACGCGCAGAGAGUCGACGAGGCUCUCCAGCGCCGGCCUCGAGGCUGGCUCAUCGAGUCAGCUGCCGAUGGACGAGAUCCUAGCGAACUUUGAGCAAUACCGUCGUAAACAUGCGGCGCAAAACCGCGAUAUCGUACAUGCCAAUGCCUUGGCUCACGCACGUAUUCGUGAGCUGGAAUCGCGCGUCCUCGAAUUGGAAGGCGAGUGUGCCGAGCACAAGUUGGCGGCCAGCCGGCAAGCCGCGCAGGUACGCCGCCUCGAGUACGCCUUGGAAUGCAUUCGUGUCGGAUGGGAGACGAUGGGACAUGCGCUACGCGACGGUGGCGUGCCGACGCCGGAAAAAACACGCUCCAAAGCCGCUGCUGCACUGCCUACGCCACCCCGUGUGCCUAGCAGUACGCGUGUCGUCCUCAUGGACGGCCUGCCCACGACCCGCAUCCAUGUCGCCCGUCCCACGCCCUUGCCGUCGGAGUGGGUCCAAGAAGAUCACACGUCGCCCCUCCCUACGCCGACGGCGGACGAACACGAUGCGGAGAGGAUGUCCUGCGAAAGCACACAGCGCCCAGACGAUAUGUGCCCUGCGUCUGUGACACGACGACGCCCCAGUCGGCGGCAUAGCGGGAUGGUGCCGCCACCCAGGCUGGAAGUGGCCGCGGCAGACGAAGUCGCAGCGAUCACGCCGCCGCCGCCGCCACCGCCGCCCCCGCCGCCAGCGGCCACCGCGGACGUGGAUGUGGACGUGCCAUGUACGCCUACGUCCACAAGAGAUGAGCCGGUCGAGACGCCAACGCCAACGCCAACGCGGCCAAAGUCCAAGACGCCCCAGAAACGUGCACGGCGUACCUCGGUGCUGUCGGAGCUUGGGAUGACAGACGACGUAGUGCCGGAUCGCGCACGUCGCGCACGCAAGAGCGUGAAUUAUGCCCUCCCGAAACUCAAUACCAAGAUGCGCAAGCCGGAUCCGACCGAGGAAGGGCCUACCUCGAAGAAACCACGUACGUCGCGAACGCACCCAAAGGACGAACCUAGUACGCCUCGAGCAGCGUCGCCGUCGCUCACCACAGACGACACGCCAUCCGAGGUGGCGGCCGCACGUCCAAGGCGCUCGCGAACCUCCUCCACACAGUCCGCCGCGGCCGAGGAGGCGAAGGAGGCAGCAGUGGCGCCGGCCAUGGACGUAGAUGCGACCGCCCUUGCCCCACCACGUACGCCGCUCCCUACCUCGGUGCGCUCGUCCCGUUCUGGCACGCCGUUUGUCCCUUCACGCGGCCGGCAUGUAAAUGCAGGUCUUCUGCAGCAGCAGUCAUCGCACAACAUGCCGAGUUGGGCGAGCUCACUGAUGCACCUUGCCUCACCGGAGCCGCCUGCCUCGAAAGUGUCCGCCGCCCCGUCGACACGCCGCCGCCGUAGUGUGGCUGUGCACGAGAAGGAGAAUGAGGGGUCGUAG